AUGCCGGAAUGCGCAAGUUGCGUCCGUCGCCAGCGUCGAUGUCAGUAUCCGAAAGAGUCGGGGAUCUCAAAUGAGAAGAGCCUUCCUAUCUCCCCAGAGGACAUUUCACUUGGAAUUGAUGGCUACUUCGAGCAUCUUUAUCCACUGCCCUCGUAUGCAUUUUUACAUGAGCAGACAGUUCGUCAACAAAAUCACGAAAGUGCUCUAGAGCCAACCCUUGCAUUAUCAAUCGCUGCAGUGGUGAAACUACUCCUAUCCAAUCAAGACCAAAGCGACUUGAUAACAACAGCCGAAGCAAUGGUCUGGGAGCACAUUGAGAAACCUUCCAUCGUGAAACUUCAGUCAUUGCUACUCGUCAUUCAUUAUCACAUACACAAAGGCCAGUUUGCACGAGCUUACAUGCUAGCGGGGCUAGCAGCACGAGGAGCAACAGCUUUACGUCUCAACUACGAGCGACCUGAAUUAGAUCCCAUUGCUCAAGAGACUCGACGACGGGUUCUUUGGGCAUUGACUUUCAUCGAUGGCCAGUUCUCCGUGGGCCUACCGGAAUAUGAAACCAUACCACACACAAUCAUCUACCAGCAGCUUCCGCUUUCGGAGGAUACGUUCAACGGAAGCCCACAAAAGGAGACCCAGCUGAGUCUGCUGGGAGGCUGUGUUCGAAUUUCCAAAAUCCAGAAAGACAUCAUGCGCUUGACUCGACAGUUGGCGCUGUCCGAACAACCAUUCACACAACUAAAUGGACUGGUUCUGGAGAUCCAGCGAGAUCUAUGGCGGUUACAAGCGGAAAUUGAGAUUUCCUGUGGGUAUUCUGUCUGUCGCCCAUAUGAAUUGGAGAAAUCACGAUGGUUUCCACGCUACCUCCAGAUAUCUAUUUCGUGGCACCAAGCCCAUUGCGAUUUAUACCGACUUUUUCUUGUUGGAUAUCCCGAAGCAGCACCGCGGAUCAUCCUCGAAGCCAUAGAUGCUGAUGUGAAAGACCACGCGGCUCGGCAAUGCCUCGAGCAUGUCACACAAGCCAACGAAAUGAUUUUCGGCUUGCUGGAUAUCCCAAAAUUGGUCUUGCCGCAUUACAUUGCUAUCUGUGCAUAUCAGACAACAAGAUUGAUGCUCUUUUUGUCUUCUUCGCCGGACCUAAGUUUGGAGUUAAGUAUGGCUGAAGUCGUUCAGAAAGCGCACGCGGUGGUUGCUGUUACCCAUAAAUAUUUUUCAUCGCCGAGCACGAAGGAGCUUGUUUUGGACCUUCAACGCAUUGUACAAGUAGCAAAAGACGAUCCUCGGAUGAUAUACUCGGAGUUGUGUCACUCACCUUCAGAUCAAGGUGUUCACAGACAUAAUCAUUUGGCGAUUCAUAGUUUGGUCCGGCAGGCUCAUUUCGCGGACGAUGGCUAUGGAGAUAUUGAUUCCCUUGAGAGACAACCAAGACCUGGACAAUCGACACAGUGA